UGUUGUGAUAUAAAAUCAUGUGCUUUGGAAAAUGCUCCAGUCAAUUAUCAUUGUAAAACGAAACUGAAAACAACCGGAGAACAACACGCUUAAAUUUAAAAAAAAAAAACAUUAAAACAAAACAAAAUAAAAACAAUUUUACUUCCGUAUGUAAACAAAUUAAACAAAUACAAAGAAAGAUAUUAAAUUUAAUUAUAAUAUAAAAAAUUCUAACGUGAAAUUUAAUUAAAAAAUUGCACCAGAAAAACAUCAGUGAACUUUUGCAACUAAAAUCAAAAUCAAAAGCAAAAUAAAUUGUUUAUAAAAUGUUGCCAAAAAGAUUCAAUUUGUUAGUGACAUUUGUUUUUGUUUUUACCAUCGUCCUUUUUUUGCCAGCCGGUCAAUGUGGCCCAGUGCCAAAAGUGAAUGAGCACGAGAUGUUAAUGCCGAAAGUACCACAAUGGCAUUGUCUACGUUAUUUCAAACAUGACGUUUUAAUGAUGAGACGCUGUCGACAUUUACGUGUGCCCACGGCUCCCAGAUUGGGUGAUGUGAAAAAAUAUAACCACACAUUUAAUUAUAACAUUGUUAAAACGACUGAUACCAAACAUAGUUGAUAAUUACAAUAUAUAAAUGAUGAAAAUAAUAUAUAAUUUUAGAAAUAGUAGUUGUGUAUUUAAUAAGUGUAAUUUAAACAUUUGAUACAUUUUUACAGCAAUUCUUGUUAAAACACUUAAAAUAUUCACAGUCAUAUUUCAUAUUUGAAAAAAAAAGAAAAUGUAUAAACCAAAAAUAUAGCCAAACUAACAAAAUGUAAAAUUUUUAUAUAAAAAAAUUUAAUUUUAAACAUAAAUGUACAAACAUAACAAGAGUAAAAAGUAGUUUUGUAUUCAAAUGGAAUACAUUUUAGUUCAGAGAUUUUUAUAUAAACUUUAGCUUGGAAAGUUGGAGGGAGCUAUGCUCUUGUUGUGUUUUAACAUUUAUUUAAAAAGCCAAAGUACUUCAUAGUUUUUAAGCUUUAUUUUUUAAAAUUGAAGAAAAUUAAUAAAAUGUUUUUUUUUUGAGAUUUAAAA